AUGGCGGCCAUGGUUCUGUCCCCCACUUGCACUCAGUCUUCCCUGUACUCAGCCUCUCCUCAAAAAGGAUGCACAGAGGAGGAAGGGUUGGUUCAUGGCUUCCUGACAAGCUGGGCUCAGGACUUGGUGACCUUCGAGGAUGUGGCCGUGGAGUUCACGCAGGAGGAGUGGGCACUGCUGGACCCUUCUCAAAGAACACUCUACAGAGACGUGAUGCGGGAGAACUGCAUAAAUCUGGCAUCGCUGGGAAAUCAAGUUGAUAAACCUGGUCUGGUGUCUGAAUUGGAGCAAGAAGAUAAAGUGAUUACAGAGGAAAUCAGAAUUCUCCCAGGCAACUGUCCAGAUUUGGAGACUCUACUUAAAGCCAAAGGGUUAACUUCUAAGUAGCAUGUUUUUAGAAAAGAACAAUAUGAAGGUGUAAAAAUGGAAAGAAAUCAUCUUGGAGUGAAACUCAACAAAUGUAAUCAGUGCUUUAAAAUCGUCAGCACAAAAUCUAACCUCACUCAGCACAAGAGAAUUCAUACUGGAGAAAAACCCUAUGUCUGUAAUCAGUGUGGCAAAUCCUUCAGCAGUAGUUCUUACUUGACUGUUCAUAAAAGAAUACAUAAUGGGAAGAAACCCUGUGAAUGCACUGACUGCAGGAAAGCCUUCAGUAAUCCCUCUUCCCUUAGACUGCACGUGAGAAUUCACACUGGAGAAAAACCUUACAAAUGUAAUCAGUGUUUUCAUGUCUUCCAUACUAGAUGUAUCCUCAAAAGGUACAAGAGAGUUCAUACUGGGGAGAAUCAUUAUGAAUGUAAUCAGUGUGGCAAGGCCUUCAGCACGAGGUCUUCCAUUACUGUGCACAACAGAAUUCAUACAGGGGAGAAACCUUAUGAGUGCCACGAUUGUGGGAAAGCCUUUAGGAAGAGCUCACAUCUGACCCAGCACGUGAGAACUCAUACUGGAGAAAAACCCUAUGAGUGUGAUCAGUGUGGAAAAUCCUUCAGCAGUAGUUUUUCUCUUACUGUGCACAAGAGAAUACAUAAUGGAGAGAAACCCUAUGAAUGUAGUGACUGUGGGAAAGCGUUUAAUAAUCUCUCAUCUGUUAAGAAACACAUGAGAACUCACACUGGAGAAAAACCCUACAAAUGUAAUCAUUGUGGGAAAUCUUUCAGCAGUAACUCUUACCUUUCUGUGCACAAGAGAAUUCAUAAUAGGUAG